ACCCAGCUGGGUGGAUCAUUGGACCUGAUUGCUUAAAGUGCCUUAUCAGCAGUUAAAAAGGGAUACAAAGUUCAAAACUAGGUAUGUGAAAGGGGUACAAUAUUUGUCAAAAGAAGGUAGAUGAAAGGAGUGCCUUUUCUGUCAAAAUGGUAUUUCAUAGCUGGGUAAGGGGUUGGACCUUGGGGUGGAGCCUCCCAUAGAACUUUGUUCAGUACCCCCUUUCCCCCCUGGGGGGAAUCCAUGGGGUUGUUGUAGUAAUUUGCAUGGCUUCAAAAUAGGAUUAUAUCUCAUAUUUUGACGUCAUCUUUACCAUCUUUUUAGAUAUUAUUUUCAGGAUUUUAUGUCAGUUGAAUUAAACACAUACAAUAAGUUAGAUGGUGUGAAGCCAUCAAAGGAGAAGGUAAUUUAGCUGAGUUUAUUAAGUUGAUUGCAGUAAAAUGGUAAAGGGAGUUAAGCUUGUAAAACUUUCUUGCAUCACUAGAGUAUUAUACCAUUACCAAGUACUUUUAAUUUAGAUGCAUUCAUUGAAAUUUAAUAUAUGGUCCAUUCCACGUGAGAGGGAAAAAAUGACCAUUUUUGAAAUAAAGUACUCAGCCUGGGAUUUUAAGUGCAUAGCCAAAAUACAUAAGGACUGAAGUUUCAAAAAUCAUCAGGACAUAAGUGCAAAUCCACCAUUUGAUACUGAGGGGGUACCCAAAGUAAGUUACCAUUAAAAGACUCAUAUUCUGGUAAUAAUGAAUGCAAUAAUCUUUUAACCAUAAUUCAAACAACUGAGUUCAUGAAGAUCAAAUCUAACAUCAAAUGUUUAGUUUAACCAAAGCUCUCCAUUAAAAACCACAGUAUUUUCAACUUACAUUUUUUCAGAGAAAUCAGUGAGUCGACUGCCAAAACUAUUGACAUGGACGUUAUGUUUUUUCUCCGCACAGCUGUUGUGUAACCCCAAGACAAAAAAUAACAAAGAGGCUUUUUUAUUUGCAGACCAAGUAAAAUACAUCUGUGAAAAUGGCAAAACCAAUCAGUUCCAUGUUUCAAACAUGAGACGCAGUGUUUCAUCACCAGAUGAAACACCAAGAAGAGAGUUGAAAAUAUGACGCGUAGCGGAGUAUUUUUGACGAACUUCGAGGUGUUUCAUCUGGUGAUGAAACGCUGUGUCGAAUGUUUGAUAUUUCUUCUCAAACAAAAUCAUUUUUGAAGGAGAAAUUAAGGAUGCAAAAAUGAGCAGUUUUUCAUCCGAUAUCCAAACACUCAUUAACCAUUAAUUUCCUUUGAAUUUUCUUUAUGAAUUAUUAAUGAGUUUGAGAAGUUAAAUUUCUCAUACUUCAGUUCAUGGAUGUUAACUUUCAUGGACGUUACAUCAUGACAACAAUUAAAUAAUGCAGGAAGCUCACUAAUAAUUGCCUAAAAAGCCUGGUUCUAUAAUAUUAAUUUGUUCUAUAACAGUAAUAAUGUAUUUUCAGCAUUGCUGAAUAUUAUUAUGGAGUUAAAGAGAGCACUCAGAAUCUUUUUGGAGACAAUAGUGAAUUAUUAUAAGGACAACAUUAUUAAUAACAUUACUGACAAUAGUCAACAAAAAUGUCAAGUGUAAGUUACUUCAUCUUUUAAGGUAUAAACAUAUCAAAUCGUCAAUAUAUUGUAGCUCUCUGGAAACUUCUAAAUUGCCUACAGUCUCUAAAAUUUGAGAAUAAUGUGGAACUGGAAGAUACUCUAAUUAACAGACCAAGUAACAAAUGUAUCGAUUUUUCAUUGCAAUGCUGAGAAAGAGCUUGAAGCAAGCUCUUCUUUUAAAAACACCAAGCUUUUCUUUUAAAAACACCUUUUCUACAGGCAGCUUCUUUGAAAUUUUAAAUCAUAGAAGAAAAAAAAUACAUGAAGAUCAGCUUAAAGAUGAGUCACAAACAUUUACUUGGUGACUUUUUAAUAAGUUUUUUCAUUAGAAAGGUGAAAAUUCAAAGGAAAUAUAAAGCCUAUUUCAAAACUAAUGGCCAGUUUUCUAAUGUUUGUAGGAAAGAAAGAAGGUACAGGGAAUUUACAUUUUUGACAUCACUGAUUUCUUUAUCUUUGUUACACACUGUAACGCUUAACGUCCAUGAUCCGAAAUGUAACAUCCACGACAGUGUUUUGCCAUCAAGCAAAGAGGGCACACAUCAUAAAAGAAAUAUUUAUCACUUUGUUAUUGUAGUAUCACUAUUUACCUAAAAAACAAUAUAAUUUGUUUUUAGUUAUGCUUGCAGAAUUCACAGGAAUUUAAUGUUUAAUAUUUGCACUUAAGAACGUGGUUUCUUUGGUAUUGUAACAUCCAUGACAGCUCAAGAUGAGUUUAUUUAAAUAUAUAAAUUUUUGCAUAAGACUGUAAUUUUGAUGAGUUUUCACUCAACAUGCAACUAGCACCUGUCUGUCAUAAACAAAGUGAAAGGGAAAAAAUGGUUGUUUGUUAUUAUGUAUCUGUUCUAAUAAUUUUUGUCUAACCACACUCAUGCAAAUGUAUAUAUAUAUAAUAUCCAUGAUCGCGAAAUGACCCAUAUACUAUUGAUUACAGUACAGUACACAGUAAAAUGGUACAGGCCAGAAACUGUCAACAUUCCAAACAUUUCGUGCAUAAUUCUAGAGUAUACCAUUGCCUUAAUCACUAUUUGUAUGAACCUCUGUUAUGUGGGUAAUCUUUUAGAGGAUGGUUAGCUUGCAAUUUAAACUGUGAACGCAGGGUAAUGUCAGAACAGCAACCGCAAGAAGAUGUAUUCCAAAAAAUGAAUGUAGUUUUGCGAGGUUAAAAAUUCUACAACAGCAUGUAACUCAAUAAAGUUACAAGACUCCACCAACUUGAAUAAAGACUGCCUCGAUCCGCCACACUUGACGAAACAUGACUAACGUCAAACUCUUUGCUUGUGAAAACUAGUUAAACCUUCGCUCGGACUCGCCUACUUAAAUACUUUCACAAUAAGAUUCUAGAACUUUCUAAAUACUCUAAUUUCAUUAUAGAAAGAUUACAAAAUAUGCUGCUUUAGAAACACUUACACAAGAACCUAAAAUAAACAAACUAUGAACUCUCGCGAGGCUUCUAGAAAGUCACUCUAGUCGCGCAAUACAAUUUUUAGUAACACGUUACCUCUCUAAUACAUGGUACAGUCAAACCUUUGGUAGUAAUGGUUCGACUCUCUUCUAAGCAUAGACUUAGUCAUGGUCCCAGUCACUAUAAUACUUAAUUUUUCGUUGACCUUCCUUUAAGUGGGAAUCUCUCACAAAUUGCUUGGCCCCUGCAGACACUCACAAUCACUGCAUAAUUGACCUUUGUGAAACGGACCCCUAAUUCCACAGCAAGAACUAGUUGUCGACCCACGAAGUCACAAAAACUGUUCGCAUAUUGACCUAUUUGUGAAGUGGAUGGACACCUCUUCUAAAAGUGGACACUAACUAUAGUCAUGGACUGAGGCACUUACAAAAUCUGCGUUUGACCUUUGCAUACAUGCCAACUCUCCCGGAUUAUCCGGGAGUCUCCCAGAUACGGCACCGAUCUCCCGCUCUCCCGUACGGGUCACCAAAUCUCCCGGAUAAAAUCAUCUUUUGAGCUUUUGUGUGCCUUAGUUUGUGAUUUAGCCCAUUGUUAGCUCAAAACUUGAAUUUUUCUUAUCUGCAGUACGAUUUCUGGGGCAUUUUUGCACGUAUUUAGUCACUGACAAAGAUUAUUUCUGGCAUCAAAACGAUGAUUAAUGCGAUAGGUUAACUAUAGGCUAACGCGAUAGGUUAACGCGAUAGGUUAACGUCAUUUUGGCAAGACCAUAACGUGAUAAACAAAAACCAAUUUGGUUUUUUGCAGGGUAGGUCUACUGUGACCCAAUUACUCUACUUUUCAUGACUUCGCCAGAUCUAGGAAUUCAUCUGUAGCAACAGAUGUUGUAUUUCUUGAUCUCGCAAAGGCCUUUGAUAGUGUUCCUCAUGAGCGUCUACUCAUAAAGUUAUAUAGCCUCGGUAUUGAGAGCAAACUUCUUAACUGGUUGAGGCAUUUCCUCACGUGUAGAAAGCAACGAGUUGUUGUAAGAGGGACUUUUUCUGAUUGGGCACCUGUGAUAUCUGGUACCCCACAGGGAACUAUUCUUGGUCCAAUUUUAUUCCUAUCAUAUAUAAAUGAUAUCGUUGAUAGUGUCUCUUCAAAAAUUAAAUUAUUUGCGGAUGACACAAAGAUUUACAGAGAGCUUCGCAACCCUAGUCUCGAUGAACAAUACCUUCAAACUGAUUUGAAUAAUCUUGGUAAAUGGGCGAAAAAAUGGCAACUUUGUUUCAAUGAGGAAAAGUGUGAAGCAAUGCGAAUAACGCAUUCUCGUGACAAAUCAACUACGAAUUAUAAACUAGGUACGGCCUUCAAAGAUGUCAAGAGCUUUAAAGAUCUUGGAAUUAUUAUAUCAAAAGAUCUUACUUGGAGUGAACAUAUUAGUACUAUGGUGAAUAAGGCGAACCAAGUCCUAGGGCUAAUAAGACGGUCUGUUGGAACAGCUAAUACAACAACUUUUUCAUUGCUUUACAAAACAUUGGUCAGACCACUUCUAGAGUAUGCUGCUCCAGUCUGGAACUCAUAUCUUGUCAAAGAUAUUCAUGCAAUAGAGAGCGUGCAAAGGCGCGCGUCAAGAUUAGCUCUUAGGCAAAAAAGAGGUGAUAUAUGUCUUAUGAAGAGUGUUGUGACACGUUACAUUGGCCAUCUUUGUCCAGUCGUAGGACAUAUUCCUCUCUUGUUGAAUGUUAUAAGAUCGUGUUUGGCUUAUCACACUUGGAUUUUGAGGAAUUCUUUCAAUUUGCAAAAGUCAAAUCCACUAGGGCAUUAAUCACUCGUAUAAGCUUUAUUGUAAAUUAUCUAGAAUCAACUGUUUUAAAUAUUCUUUUUUUAACAAUGUAAUUAGUUCAUGUAGUUAUUAUGAGUUUGAAUAAACAUGUAUGUUAUGUUAUGUUAUGAUUGCGAAUUUUGAUAGUAUGUACUCAAUGUAAGACUUCAUUUAAUGUCCUAAGUCAUUCCUAUUGGGGGCUGGGUCAAUUUGUUGGGGAAGGGGGGGGGUAAGUUGAAAUUCCAGUAGGGUAGUGAAAAAGAGAGUCUCCAGAUUUUAGAUCUCCAGAGGUUGGCAUCUCUGCCUUUGUGAGGCGAACACCUCAAUCUAUUACCUGUAGGUGGACACUUCUCGUGGUCACCGUACAGUGGUGUCCACUAAUAUAAUAAAAGGGUUUGACCCUUAAAAAUAUCGCUGUGACAUAAAAAGGAAUUUUAUUAAUAAUGAAACUUCUUGAAAUUAUUUAAUGUGGUGAUGGUAUUAAAUUAAAUUUAUACUCUUCAGGGACAUCUUUAACUGAGACUCAAUGGCGCAGCAUCAAGACCUUAAAAGAAAAGGAGGUGCUGAUCCAGAUCAUCAGAUGUCAAGAAAUCAUGCCCCUCCUCCUCUAAGUAUUGAAGUGCCUAAAAUGAGUGAUCUUCCAAACAAGUCAAACCCUUGGAGUGAUGACCAGCUUCCUGUUGACAUUCUUUUGUUGACAGUCAAAGACUGUGAGUUCUUAGCUUGUUAUACUUUCUUGGAAAAUUCUUUUAAAAGUUAUGACCCAACCCUGGGAUACGUGUACUUUGGGACCAUGGGUGAAAGUGGAGAAGAGGCACUGAAAGUUGCUUUGAUGAGAUGUUAUAAAGGUUCUUCUGGUCCAGGUGGCUCUCAAAAUGUUAUUAAAAAUGCAGUGAUGAAACUGAGACCCAAGGCUGCUUUUUCUGUUGGUGGAUGCAUGGGUUUAAAAUCAAAAGACACUAAGCUAGGAGAUGUAGUGGUAUCCUCUAAACUGUCAACUGAAGAAUUCACAACUCCAGUAAGAAGAAAUAUUGGCAACCUUAACUUGUUUGUAACUGAAGGCUGGAAGCCACCAUUAAAAGAUCCAGUCGGGGAAGAAACAGUACAGGUGCACCGUGACAGUGAAAUAUUCAGUGGUAGUCAAUUCAUCACCAAACAACGCCAUAUGUCUCAAUCACACGUGAUUGCAGUUGAAAGAGAGGGGGAAGGUAAGCUGAUUAUAAUAAUAUUACUAUUAUAACAAUUUGAUACUAGCAUUGGAUUUAGGCCUAAAACUCUAAAUUGUCGCUCAGAUGCAGCUUGUGAUCAUGGCAGUACUGUACAGUACCUAAUAUAUUGCCAAUCAUAUUUGACUAUGGGACUGCAUUGACAGUAUGAUUUAAGGUUAUUGUGGGGUGUAGUUUAUUAUAUUAUUAUUGUGCCAUACAGGAACAUAAAUUAUUAUUGAGCUUAGAAGAUUAUAAAUUACAGUCACUACGCUCAAAAUUCUGAGCUAAUUAGCUGUGCUAGAUUCUUGUUCACAGAGGAUUGAAUAUUAGGAUGCAUCGCCUAUUUUUUUCUUCCCACUUACAGGACUGUUUGCUGCAGCUCAUGAUAUGAACAUUGAAUGGGUGAUUGUUAAAGGGAUAUCACAUUUUUCCGAUGAUAGCAACACUUCUGAUAAGUCCUGGAAGUCUUUUGCUUCCAUCAUGGCAGCUUCUCUUGUGUCCAACAUGUUAAAUGAUCCAGUUGUUUUUAAAGAAUGGCCUCACUAUGAAGGUUUGCGACAUUCCCUGUUCUAAUGAGUGGUAAUAAAUAAAUUAUUAAUAGUGAUGAAUUUUCUGUUCAGAUAAUUAUUUUUGUGUUGGCUGGUUCAAUAUUAUCCUUGAAAACGAUUGUCAAACGACGGCCUGCAAAUAUCAGUAGAUGAAGUAACUUUUCUCCGAAAGCAUACUGUAUAAGUUUUUUUUGAGUUAGUUAAACUAACCAGAAUAAACGCCUCCUAUCUAUUAAAUGCCCCCAAUGGUUCAAGUUUUUCUGUCUGUUUGAAACUCAAAUACAUACAAUAUUAAAAUACCAAAUAACAAAGACCAAAAGUAAAAUUUGUUUUGAGGGGCUUUCGAUUUAUAAUUAACACUUUUUUCUUCAUAGACUUGACAGCAAAGAAUCAGCCAGAGACGACCACAGAGCCAGACAAACAGAUACCAGGUACUAUAUUCCAUCAAUGUAAUUACACUAUAAAUCCAGGAGUUUUUUCAGAUUAAAUGAUUGAACACUGUUCUGGAGUUUCACUUAUAUAAACAUUGAUCUUUUAUAAAAGUUGUUUGUCACAUCUGAGCCCUCUUGCACUUUUUUUAUUUACAAAUAAUAUUGCAGUAAGACAGGUCUUUGCCAAAGAGAGCAGUCUCUUUUUGUCUGAUAUUUAAUUCCUUUCCCCCCUCAAAAAAGAAUUUGCUGACAAAUGCCGUUUGAAGCCAGUCAGACGGCUUUCUGGUCAGUAUCUGGCCAAAAAGAACCAAAACUGCCCAAAAUACUGUAUUUCCUCAAAUAACAGCCGGGGCAAUUAUUUCUUUUUUCACCUCAAAAGGGGGCAAUUAUGUGAGGGAGGUGAUCAUUUCAAAUAUUGCUCACUGGAAGUCGUACCCUAAAUAUUUUGUUUUAUUAUCCCAUUAAAUCAAAAAAUUAUCACAUCUGAAUAAACUGAUCAAUAUGGGCUUUUUAAGUGUUCCAAAUUUGGUUCCUUGAUUGUAAUUUUCAGAGCUUGAAUCGUCACUGAUCAGUUUUGCUGGAUCAGAUUCCACUUCAACUUGACAGGAAGGGGAUAAAAGAAAGUGAAGAUGGCAUGAGGGGUGGGGAGGGGGGUGAUUAUUUGAGGGAGGUGAUUAUUUAAUAUUUCCAUCGAAGGGGGGCAAUUAUUCAAUAGAGGUGAUUACUCGAGGGAUGGCUAUUAUUCAAGGAAAUGCGGUGCUUUAAAAUCAAACACCAUGUACAAUGCCUUUUGUUCCUUAUGCUAAUUAUUAAUGUCAGUUUUGUUUUAAAAAGUGACACAAACCACUCAACUUUUCCCUUUUCGCUUCCUUGCCCCGUGUUUUCUCUUAAUGUUGGACAUUAACUAAGGCUUCAUUUUGGUGAGACAGACAUUGUUUUAAGUGAAACAAGAUUCCCUUAUCUUCUUAAAAACCCAGGGGGGGACUUUAGGAAUUUCUGGGUGGGGAUGUGCCGCUGGGACCCUGGGACCCUGGAACCCUUAACCUUUACCAGAGCUAGUUCAGCUGAAUUUUGCUACCCUAUACUAGAGUAAACUCCCCAAAUCCCCCUAUCCUAGAGUAGCUGUUUCCCUUGUCCAGAUAAAAUCUUGAACCAACUGAUCAGUUUCCUGAAAAAUGUUACCCUAUUCUAGACCCAAACGCUCUGAUUUAUGAUUUAUGAUGAUUUACCCUAUCCUAGAGUAAACUGCCUGAAAACCAUACCCUUCACAGCGGCAUGGCAGUACCCCCGGAUUGAAAACCUACUCGUCUUUGUUUCAGUUGUCUUUGAGUUAUGUGUAAAGGCCUCUAUUAAUUUAGGAAUUGCCCAAUUUAAUUGAAAGUUAUGUUGCGGAAGGGGGUCCACUCCCAAACUUUCCACUGGUAUGGUAUAUUCUAUUGUCAUCCACCAAACCCCACUAAAAAGAUUAUAAAAGGAAAGAUCACUAAGACUUGCUUGCUGAUUUAAAUCCACUGGACAGUAUCAAAUGAUCACUGGGUCAUUCCUAGGUGCUGUUUCCUUUCAUUAAUUUGUAUUAUUUUAUUCAUGAUAUUUCUGCAAAUUGACUGUCCACUCCUCUUGUAAAAAAAUAUAUAGUUAUUAAAAAUUCUUCUUGGAAAUGAUAAAAAAUUCUUAAUAAUAGAUUCUGUAUGCCUUGAGGAAUGCCAGAAACAGCUGCGAUCACUUUAUGAAACCAGUAGUAAAGUCAGAAUCAUUCCAUGGGACCAGAACUCUGCUGUUGAUAUUGACAAGAUCUACACAGACUUGUCUUGGGUCAUGGAUGACAGGACCCCCAGGGGAGUGAUACAAAAAAAGCUUGACCACUACACUGAGAUUUUUGCUCACAGAGAACCUCGUCGUGCACCCAAGCGAAUUUUGGUUUACGGACAGCCAGGUAAGUGAGUGAAUUAAGUAAAGAAUUUAAUUGUCUUAAAUUCACAGGAGGAUAAGUACAUGCAAAUAUCACAUAAAAUAGCCGUAAACACAGAAACCAUUGGUCCACUGGCAUUAAAUUAAUGGACACAAGGUCUUAGCAAAUGCAUUGUAUCAGCUAGUGAUGUGCAGGUGUCUUGAGAGUUUUGCUGACAUAUUGUACAUUCCAAGUGGGAUAGAUUGUUACCAUGCUGUCAAACCAAAUGUAGCGUUUGGUCUGUUGCUGUUAUAAAAAAAUAGAAGUUAAAAAACAAAGUUUUUCUGUUAAUCAGUCUGAUAAUAAACAAUAUAUUUAUUGGCUUUACAGCAAUCAUGACCUACACUCUAGGCUCCAAUUAUGGUUGAAAUAUUGUGACUCAAUUUUAUCUAAAAUUCAAGUUUAUUUAAUGCCGAGAGCUAAAAGAAUAAAACUAAAGAGAAAUCUUCCAAGGAUAAAAUCGCACCAAAUUAAAGCUUUGCCACAAUCGACUGAUGACUGGCAGUUUGGCCCAGUUGGUUGAAGACUGAUCAGUGCUUGCAAGCAACCUGGGAUAAAUUUUAUCUGCAGGUCUGGAUCUGCCACUGUUAACCUGGGUUUCUUUUUGUUUUUAAUUAUGAAAAGCAUUUUCUUGGAUUUUUCUCUACUCUUUUUAGAUGAUCUAAUCAUCAAAUUUUAGACAAAAAGAAUUAAACUGAAAUUUGGUUUUUAACCUUUCAUAUCUGAAUUCAAAUUUUGCACUAUAAACCCUGGGUUAUCUUGACCCAGCUUUGAACAACUGGGCCCUAAAUAGUCUGGGUAUUUCACAGUUUUAUGAAGGAUUUAUUUCCAUUGUCUUCAUCAUGAAUAAUUUUGAAUAUUAAAUGAGAUACCAUUUUUGAUGAAUAUAACUCUAGUCUCUAAUCAAAGCUAACAAUUCCAAAAUGCCCCCUUUGAGGCAGGGAAACAUCUUUUUGACAUAACUUAAGAGACAAAGUUAAGGCCACCGAUAUCUUGCUCACUCUUCAUGUGAUAUAAAAAAUUAAUAGAAUAAAUAAUUUCUCGUUAAGUUUUAUGAAAAUUAUCAAUUGAAAUUUCAAUAUUUUAGAGUCCACUUCACGUGACUUCACAUGAUAAAAGUAAAACAAAUCUUUUGACAGUUUGCUGCUAUUGCCACCUAGGUAUCGGCAAGACUGUUUUCACCAAGAAAGCAACUUUUGACUGGUCCCAGCAGAGAUAUUCAGAAACAUUAGGAGCAUUUGAUCUUGUCCUUCUGGUGAGAUUACGUGAUGUUAGUAAUCUCCAAGAUGUUCCGUCCAUUCUGAGGGCUUCUGAAGUGCUGGAUAGUAAUGGUGCAAUUUCCGUACACAACCUGUAUGAUUACAUUUGUCGCCAUCAAGAAAAAGUCUUGCUUAUCUUGGACGGCUACGAUGAGUAUGUUUACAGUUCAAAAAACGAGUCGCCUGUUUUCAAAAUCUGGAAAAAAAGCCAAUUAAGAGAUUGUUGUGUUGUAAUUACUUCAAGGGAAAUGAAAGCUGAGACGUUGAGAAAUUUUAGUGAUGCUCAAUUCAAAAUUGACGGCUUUAAUUAUCAGCGCCAAGAAGAGUUCGCUCGUAUAUUUUUGAAAGAUGAUGAAGAUGUUCGAGAGUUUUUUAUGUACUUAUGGCAGCACAACCUUGAAGGACUAGCACAAAUUCCCUUACUUCUCUUAAUGUUGUGCUUGCUCUGGACGAAAACAACACGCGAAAAACUACCAAAGGAACGCGCAGACAUCUUCGCCCAGUUCAUGACGACCAUGUUUGAUCACAUGUGUGAAAAACAGUCUGCUGAAGAAUCGGUUUCUGCCCAAGAUUACUCAGAUGAAUUAUACGCAUUAGGACGCUUGGCCUUUGAAGCCCUUUUGCAAGGCCAGCUUUAUUUCCCUGUUAGUCAGUUACCUGCUGGCUACAGUUUGAUCGAGAGGCUGAUUGAAGUCGGCCUUUUUCAGGUUUUAAAUAUGGCGAGUUUGAAUCGUGAAAAAGGCGUGUACUUUAUUCACAAAUCCGUACAAGAAUACCUGGCUGGGAAUUUCCUGAAAGAAGAGCUGGCAUCUAGAAAGGUUGAAAGCACAAAUUCCCUUUUGAAGUUGGACUCAGUUAAAAAGAUCCAAGAGAUGUUCGAGGUUUUAAAAUUCGCUGUUCAGUUGUCAGAAGAAGCCGCGCGCGAGAUUGUGAUUCACCUUGGAAUGAAGAGCGGACUGAAAGAGUUCAAAUUCGACAACGAAACACCGUCACAGGAGGACUUGUCAGAAGAACAAACAGAUUUUAUUAAUCUUUGUAAUCAUUUAUUUUUCUACUGCUCAGCUGAGACAAGAAAAAACCUCUUUCCUACAUUUCUUUCCUCUUUAGGAGGAGUUCUUGUAAUUGAUGGAGAGCAGCUAAAUGUUAUCGUACAAGAAAAAUUAGCUCAAACUACCGAAACACCCAACUACGUUUUUAGCAAAGAAUACUAUGGUUUUAAAGGGAUGGACUAUAGUAAUUUAGUAAUUUUAUUACAACAAUUAAGCGCAGUUAUUGUUAGUUGUGGAGGAGAAAAGAAAGCAUCAGAAUAUUUAAGCAACUCAACAUUGCGUAGGAUUGAUAAUUUUUUUUUAAAGAAAGAAGAAAGCAGCACUCACCUUUAUUUUGCUUAUAUUGUUCAACCUUAUGAUAUAAUUAAGGCGCUAAUAAGUAAACAAGAGACAACAAAGAAGACAAACAUGAAUGGUGAUGAGUCAAGUGAAGAGAGCAGCAGCAGCUGUUGUUCAAAGCGUCAUGUUCUCUCCAGGGCUCGGGAGAUUGUAGCUGCUCAUGUGAACAGGUCAGAUGUGGAACUGCUGACUGAGGUGAUGCCGUUUAUCACCGCUCCAUACAGGAUAGAGGUUCGGGGUAAAGACGAUGAAGUGUACGAUGCUGAGGUAACAGAGUCUCUGCUGAGGAGCAUCCAAGUAACACACAAACUGAAUACAUUAAUACUCAGUCGUAUCAAUGUAACAUCAUCACCUGCUGUGGAGUUCAUCAACAGUUUAUUUCAAAAAGCACCAAACUUGGAGUGGCUCAUCAUGUCAUUCAAUCCUCUUCUGGGUGCAGGAGUAGACAGCUUGAUUGAACAUCUCAGCUGCGCUCCUCACCUGAAGAUACUGGCGCUUGGAGGAGUGAAGAUGACUCCACAGCAGGUGAUGAAUCUGACAGAAGCCAUCAAGCACCGCGGCAACAUCACUGGACUGUGGUCAGACUACCACGUAAGUUUUCCAAUUUUAUCGCAAUUUGUUUCUUUAUUCUUUGUUUACAGUUUAUUUCUACUCAGCUCUUGCCUUUCGCCCUUUUUCAUUUCUUUGUCAUUUUUGUACUCGACAAAACACGAGAUUUACUUUUGAAAACAAAUCACAAACUUUAGCAGAUUCAAUGUAUCAUUUCAAACUCAUUCCUUUCAAUUGAUUAAACUAAAUCCAAAAAAAUGUUUUAACCGAGAACAAGUAAAUUAAUCUGAAGGUGUUUUCACUGUGCAAAAUAAUGGAUCAGCGAGCAGAUAUGAAAUUUCUCUUCGAGUCUGGUUCAACUCGAUAUGAGCUCACUUAACAAACUUGUGAUAUAUGUAUUAACACAAAAAUUCCAUAGUAUUAAUUCCUCAAUCAAUUUUUAUUCAUUACUUUUCAUAAAAUGAUGAAUAACAAGCAUAAAAUCAAAAAAUGUUCUGUUCAUGUUCAAUUCAAACAAACAAAAUUUGCAAAAAUCAAGAGAAAAAAGGUUAACCACUUACAAUUUCACUUUUAUCGCUAAGGUUUUCGUAAAAUCAGCAAAACUCAAGUAAAGUUUCUUUGAGAGUCCAGAAAACGAAGAAGUCUUUUUAGAGCUGUCCUUUUGUUUGAAUGUCCCUUGCGUUUCGGUAAAUGGGCUAUUACAUUUAAUAUCCGCACCCCCCCGGUUGAGGGACCAUGGAAUUCGCCAGGGGUGAGUUAUAGAAAUUGAGGAUUUCUUAAGGGGUAGAGUAAAAAAAAUAUGGAAUUCUUUGGAGGUGAAGCCUUAAUUUUCACAAAAUUCUUCAGGGGUAUGACCCAAUUCUUCAGGGGUAAACCCAUAUUUCACGGAAGUCUUCAGGGGGGAAAGCAAUUUUAGCCAAUCUUAAGGGGUAAGAAGAAAAGGUAAGUCUUCAACCGGGGGGUACGGAUUUUAAAUGCAAUAGCCCAAUGCUUGUCCUCCCGUAAAUAACCUCACUGUAGCGUAGUGUUUUGAGAUAGCGUUCCACAAAAAAUAUAAUUCCUCUGAGACACUUUGGUUAAAAAUUUAACACCAUACAUUAAAUCAUAGGUAAAGCACUCCUCUUUGGUACUAGCUGUUUAUUUUUGUCGGUUACUUGUUUCCCAGUUCUACGACGAACACAAGAAAUCCUGCGUCACUUCGUGUCUUGUAUGAAUGAGUUGAAGUUCUUAAAUGUAGUUUCCUUUAGCUUGCACAAAUCCUUUGACAAAUUCCUGAGUACGUGAGACGAAUUUUUCUCUUAACUGGCAUUUUACGGUGUUUUCUUAUUCUUUUUGUGUCCAUCUUGAGUAUUUUUGCGUUGAAAGUUUUCUUUGAUGAGCAAACUCAACUGAAGUGAACAACAAACUACAAAAUCAACAAACUGUCAUUCAAAGUGGCGUGAGAGAAGGCUUGUGACGUGGCGACAGCUGAUUGGUUAAAUCUGAACACAAGGAAUGAGCCUGUCAAUAAUGAUGUGUCACGUGGUAGCAUUUUCCCGCGUCUCGUUGGCGCAUAACGCCAGCAUUCCCGCCUUUUUCCGCCUUGCAGUUUUGGGUCCACACCUCGUCCACGCCUACUACCCUGCAUCGGGGAAGGGAACAUUUCCUGUUCAAAAUAAGUCUUUUAAGAGCCAUUUGCCCACCAAAAUGAACUUUUUAUUGCGGAAAAUUAGAAUCAGUAGGUUUGUUUCAGAAAAUUGAAGGCCAAUAACUGUUCCCUGUGAAAACGUUUUGGAACGUACAGUUGAGAAAUCAUCAACAAAGUGAACUUUCAAGACUUUCAAGCGAUGGUUUUUGCGAAAAAUUUGGAUACUGUAAGACGGCCACGAUAUCCUUUAUAUUCGAAGACACUAAUUUUAGGGAUUUUAGCGUUGACUGUAUCGGCGAUUUUCUAGCUUUGUGCAAAAUGAAGGAAACAGACGCUUUAGUACCUCCCCCCCGCCCCCUUUCUAGCUACGGCUCCUGGAAGUACAAUGAAAGUAGCCAGUUGGAACGUCUAUAGGGUUGCUGCUCGUUUUACAGAGGCGACUGCUCAGUAGAGGUUAAAUUUACAGUAAAUAUAUGGGAAGCAGCUUCUGGGAAUUAAAGGGUUCGCUGCUUCAAAGAGGGCCGUGUAAUAAGAAUUAAACUGUGUCAGUCUUUUAAUGCUGUACCUGUAUUGCACCUGGCCAGUCUGAAGCGCUAGUGGCCUAAAGUUACUAAAAGUAGAGUUUUCACCUCGCCUUUUUAAAAACCUGUCCUGUGAUCAGUUUUCAAUGAGGUAUAUAGAGCUAUUUCGAAAAAGGUUGUCAGAUAUAGUGCAUGCGACAAUUCCGAAAGGUAUUGUGGGUGGUUUUGAGUUAACUGUUCUUCAAAGAAAUUUAGGAGAAUGGCACGAGAGGCCAUGGGCAUAUGUUUGAUUGCUAAGAGGAAAGCAACAAUAGUAGGCUCGACAGCUACAGUGUCAGGAACAGUGUAUUGAUCAUAUUCCAUAUAACCCGCGGGUUUGUCGUCGAUUGUCGCGAGCACAUUUUUUCGACAACCUUUCCCGAAAUAAUCGUGAAAAAAUGUGUACACCUUAAAGCCUUACAUUCAAUGUUUGUUGUUCUGUUGACAUUUGUUUUUAGGAGCAAAAUGGCGACCCCAAACCUGAAGAUCAGUGGCCAUCAGAGGAUUAUUGGAAAGAAAACGAAAGCUCAAAAGUAAGCUACUUUGUUCGACAUAGGACUUUAUAAACGAUAUUUCUUGUAUUUUAUGUAUGAUCGUAUAUAGUGAUUAAUUUUUAGCUCUUAGAUAAUUUUACCAAUCCACUUUUUAUAUAUUUACUGUACUCCAUUUUAUUUGUAAUUAUAUUUUUUGUAAUUAUCUUUGAUGUCGGAAAUUGUGCGGUGUUUUAUUACCAUUAUCUUUGUAAACACGAGUUUAAGUUUCAUUUGAUUAAGUAACGUGAUUUAAAAGAAGUGUUAAGUGACGUUGGAACCUGAUAGCAUUGAACUUUGGAACUGAAAGGAAAAAGAACAAUAGAAAGGAGAGAAUGUAAUGUACUGUGAGAAUCAAGAGGAGACGGGAAGAAAGAAAUAAAACGAGUGAAUCGGGAUUUCUGUGAGUGUGUUAGAAGAUCGUUCAGCUUUGGAGGCAAUUCCUAACACAAUUGGCACCUCCGACGGGACCUAUCGGGAUUUUAGCUCAAACAAGAGCAAGGGAUUUGCGAAAAAUCAAGUACAUAGCGACGUGACCAAGGGAUUCGCUGAGAUUUGGCAAAUCGGCCAAAACAACGCUAAAGCUGAAAAGGGCCAACGCGAUGGAGGAACUUACGAAAGAAUUUAACGGAAAGAUUCUGUCUCUAAGAUUCUCUCUGACUAAGAAUGAUGAAGUGAUCGCUUCCCAAAACGCAGAAGCUAUAUCGAGACACGAGGCACUAUUAAUGUCUAAAUUGCAGUCCGCUCAUACCGUGAAAGAAUCCAUUAUCGAGCUGAAAUUUACAAAUGGUGAAUCAGAGGAGGAGGUCAGCACUUGGGUGAAAGAGCACGACAAAUUUCUAAAGGAAGCGGAUGAAAAGGCCUUGGCAAUAAGACAACUAGUGGGGAAAAUGGAAGAAGACAAGCGACUGGCAGACAGGAUGGAAUCUGAUAAAAAGGAAAUGGCCCUCGCGAAGAUGAAACACGAGGAGCGAAUGAGCCAUGAGCGUGAGCUGUUAGAUCAACAAGUGAGAUUUCAAAAGGCCGUAGAAGCCAGUCAGCAAGAACAAAAUGCAAAGAAAACCGUGACUGCAAAGCUGCCAAAGCUUUCUAUCACAAAAUUCGACGGAACACUUGCAAAUUGGCCGCCGUUCUGGAAUAAAUUCGAGGCCGAAAUCGACAAAACGGAAUUAGCGCCAGUGACAAAGUUCGCCUACUUGAAAGAGCUAGUGGAGCCCAAAGUCAGGGCGGAUAUCGAUGGCUUGCCGCUAAAUACAGAAGGAUAUGAAAGAGCGAAAAACAUAAUAAAGGAAGAGUAUGGGAAAACGAGUGAAAUUGUCAACGCCUACGUCAAUAACAUUCUGGAACUCCCCACCGUGACGAACGCCGACCCGAACCGAGUGAAUUCUUUCUAUAAAAUCCUGCUAUUUAACGUCCAGUCACUGGAAACACUUGGAAAAAUCGAGAGAGUAAACGGGAUGACAAGAAGCGUGCUAGACAAGUUGAAAGGAAUUAAAGCCGAUCUGGUCAGGCGACAAGAAAACUGGCAAGACUGGGAUCUACCUCGUUUGACCCAGGCCCUGAAGAAAUGGAGAGAUGUAAACCCAGCGACUGAAGAAAAUAACGUCGCAAACAAGUCUACGCUCCCCAAGCGCCCUGAGAAAAAAUCUCCCCUGUACCAUGCAGAAAAUAGAAACCAGCGCCUUUGUGUUUACUGUGAUGACGCCAAUCACAUCUCGCGGGAUUGCACGCGCGUGUCCACGAUGGACGAGAGGAAGAGAAUGCUCGCGCGGAAACGAAUGUGCUUUAAUUGUACUGGGCCGAAACACCAUGCUGCCGAAUGCAAGAGUAAAAUGCGUUGCCAGAAGUGCGGACAGAAACAUCAUACAUCGAUUUGCAACCAAGGAGACCAAUUAAUGACUGCCACCGGGAACAAAGGGCGUGUAGUUUAUCCUGUUGUGAAAGUAAGCGUGGAGGGAGUACUGUGUCGUGCACUUCUAGAUACAGGAGCUGGGAGUUCAUAUGCUUCGGCCGCGCUGUUAGAGAAACUUCCCAAGCGCCCUCGUGCAAAGGAGGUUCGUCGAAUAGAAAUGAUGCUGGGAUCGACCACACGUGAAGUAGAACUUUCCACAAUCAAAGUACGCUCAACGGAUGGCAGUGAAGAAUUAAACGUUGAUGUUACCAAGGUGGAAAGACGGGAAUUGCUGAUGAUCGAUAACCCACACUAUCAAAAGAUUAUCAAUUCGUACGAUCAUCUAAAGGGAGUUGAGAUGACGGACUGCGACCCUAAGCCACAUCUUCCAGUACAUCUGAUAUUAGGGGCGAGCGAGUAUGCAGCGAUCAAGACGUCCGAACGGCCGCGCGUUGGACUGCCAGGGGAACCAGUGGCAGAGAAGACUAAGCUGGGGUGGACUAUUAUGUCACCGGGAACUGAGAUUGACCACGGGAAUAUGCUGCUGACCCAAACGAGUCACGUGGACUAUGUAGAACUAUGUCGGUUAGACGUUCUAGGGCUUGAAGAUACCCCUGAACAUGAUCAGCGCGCAGUCUACGCAGAGUUCCGAGAGCAAUUGGUACGGCAUCCCGAAGGCUGGUAUGAAGCCUCGCUGCCAUGGAAAGGUAACCACCCGCCUUUACCGAACCAUAAAGAAGUCAGUUUGCGAAGGCUCAGCAACCUCCACAACAGACUUCGACGCUUGGAUGUGACCGAGACUUAUGCAGAGAUCAUCGGAAAACAGAAGUCCGAGGGAAUAGUAGAAGUUGCAAGUGAUCCGCCGCAGGGAAAAGAAUUCUACAUUCCCCACAAGCCGGUGAUUCGUAUGGGAGCUGAAACUACAAAGUUGAGGAUCGUUUAUGACGCCUCAUCUCGUGCGAAACCCCAAGUUCCAAGCUUAAAUGAUUGUCUGUAUGCCGGGCCGCCGCUUCAAAAUCACCUGUGGAGUGUUUUGGUACGCAUGCGUUUCCAUCCAGUCCUUAUCACUGGGGACCUGCAACAGGCCUUUCUCCAGGUGCGCAUCAAGGAGGAAGAGAGAGAUGCACUCAGGUUUCAUUGGAAGACCAGCGAACAUUCUGAAGUAGAAGUGUUGAGAUUUACUCGAGCGCUGUUUGGUCUUGUGCCUUCUCCCUUUCUCCUCGGGGGAGUGAUAGAGUGUCAUCUUGAAACCUGGGAAACUCACAUGCCACAACUUGUUGCUGAACUGCGCAAAAGCCUGUAUGUAGACGAUCUGAUCAGCGGGAAACCAACAGUACCCGAAGCGCAACAGCUGAAAGAGGGAGCUAUUAAAAUCUUCGCGGACGCUAAAUUCACACUGCACAAGUGGCACUCGAAUGUUGCCGAGUUAGAAGGGAGUGAAAGAAGAGUCGAAGAUGAGGACACGUUUGCCAAACAGCAGCUCGGCCAAUCAAAAGCAAAGACCGGUGGUUUGCUUGGACUCCCGUGGGACAAACAGGAAGACCAGAUCAGUGUCGUUUUGCCUCAAAAUGAGGUAGUCGCGUCCAAAAGAGCAUUGUUGCGUAAUCUAGCAAAAAUCUACGAUCCCCUUGGUCUUGCGGCGCCUUUAACUAUCAAGGGAAAGUUCAUCUACAGAGAUGUAUGCAACGUGAAAGUGGCCUGGGAUGCGCCGCUACCCCCACAGCUAGCAAAUCGGUGGACACGAUGGAAGAAGGAGUUACCAGCCGAGGUCAUGGUAGCAAGGGCCUUAACGUGUGCGCAAGAGCAGAUUGAAGAAAUCGAGCUUCACGCCUUCGGGGAUGCAAGUAAGAACGGAGUGUGUGCAACAGUGCAUGCAGUUGUGAGACACAGCCAUCGGGUGUGAGCCAGGGAUUGGUUACUGCAAAAGCUCGACUAGCGAAGCAGGGGCUCACCAUUCCGCGAUUAGAGCUGGUGUCGGCGCAUAUGGCAGCAAAUCUUAUCACAAAUGUAGGAAGAGCGCUCCAGGGUUUUCCCGUGAAACAGUGCUAUGGAUGGCUGGACAGCUCAGUGGCUCUCCAUUGGAUAAAGGGUGGUGGCGAGUACAAACAGUUCGUAGCAAAUAGAGUGAUGAAAAUACAAGGGCAUUCAGAGAUCUAUUGGCGCCAUGUGCCCACCAAGGAAAAUCCGGCAGACCUGGGAAGUCGAGGAGGGCAAGUCGAUGACAGCAAGCUGUGGUGGCAAGGACCGGAGUGGCUUUCAGACAAAGACAGGUGGCCUACAGACAUCGUGACAAGCGCUACUCCUGAGAGCCAAACAGAGGCUAAAGUUACCAAAGAACUUUUAAUGGAGCCACUGCAUCAACUGACUGCCUUGAUGAUCUACUGGGAAAGUUUAGCCUGAUAAAGACGUUAAGAAUUGUCGCCUGGGCCGCGAGAUUCAUGCGAAAUUCACGCCUAAAGAAACAAGAAAGAAUGGCGGGACCGCUGACAACCUACGAGAUUAAUGAACAACAUCUGUUCUGGACCAAGCGCGCUCAAGAGAUUCAAGGUGAUGAAGUGACAGAAGACCGGCAAAGGCUGGGGUUAAAAGAGAAUGAGCAGGGGAUUCUCGUCUGUCGAGGUCGAGUUCAGGGACACUACCCAGUCUAUCUGCCUGACAUGCACCCCUACACAGUGAAACUCGUUGAAGAAGCCCAUCGUCGUACUUUGCAUGGGGGAGUCGGUUUGACAAUGGCGCGCAUCAGAGAGCGUUAUUGGGUGCCGAGGCUCAGGCGUCUGACCAAAAAAGUGAUCAAGCAGUGUUAUGGUUGUCGCCGUUUCCAAGUUAGGGCCGCUGCUAGACCACCACCUGGAAAUUUACCACGAGACAGAACCGAAGGAAAUCGCGCCUUUCAAGUUGUCGGAGUUGACUUCGCGGGACCCAUCAAGUACCGUGUGACCCAGAAGAAGGAAGGAAAGGCAUACAUAAUCCUUUACGCUUGCAGCCUUACGCGAGCACUCUAUUUGGAACUCAGCAAGAGCAUGGAGACUAGCGAGUUUCUAAGAAGUCUAAAGCGCCUAAUAGCCAGGAAAGGAAGGCCGGAGAAGAUUUAUUCGGACAACGCAAAAACGUUUGUUGCCGCAGCAAGUUGGCUAAAACAAGUCCAGCAAGAUGAGCAGUUUCACCAUUACCUGUCGACUGAGAACAUCCAGUGGCAAUUCAAUUUGAGCCGCGCCCCAUGGUGGGGCGGUCAGUUUGAGCGGUUAGUUGGCCUGGUGAAGCGUUCCCUUAACAAAACGAUUGGAAAUGGUCGCCUCAGAUGGGGGGAACUUGAAGAUGUACUCCUGGAUGUGGAAGUGACCUUAAACAACCGCCCACUAGGUUACGUGGAGGAUGAUGUUCAAUUACCUUUGAUCACACCUAACAGUAUGCAGUUCAUCGGUACCACUAUCCUACCAGAGAAGGAACCACAUCGUGAGCUUCGUGAUCUACGUAAACGGGCUAAGUACAUGAAAAGGUGUAAAGACGCCAUGUGGACCAGGUGGACCAAGGAGUACCUCAGAGGCCUUCGCGAGCGACAUAACUUGAAACAUGACGGGAAGGGAAGCACUUUGACUGUUGGCGAUGUUGUCAUAGUUCAUUCGGAAGAUCGAAACAGAGGGAAAUGGCCACUGGGGAUAGUAGAGAAGCUGUACACUGGCCGGGAUGGAGUGGUUCGAGGAGUUAAGCUGCGGGCGGGAGGUGGUCACCUAGAGAGAGCAGUAAAUCAUCUCUACCCCUUGGAACUGUCGUGCGACCGGACGCCUUUGACACCCCAGGAACAGCUAAACCCGGAGGCUCGAGAGUUCAGACCCACCCGGGACGCAGCAAUUGCAGCGAGAGUACGAAUGCAAGAUAUUGCUGACGAAGAGCAAGCCAAUUGAACAUUGAACAUUUGAAUUUAAGACGACUCCGUGUAGAGUUUUGAACAUUGAUCCUUUGUUUCUUUUUAUCGAUUUCACUUACAAGAACUUUUAGUUUUGAUUCAGUUUCUGGAGAUAAACGCAACAUAUGCCUCCUAAAUGUAGGCAUAUGGGGGGAGGGUGUCGGAAAUUGUGCGGUGUUUUAUUACCAUUAUCUUUGUAAACACGAGUUUAAGUUUCAUUUGAUUAAGUAACGUGAUUUAAAAGAAGUGUUAAGUGACGUUGGAACCUGAUAGCAUUGAACUUUGGAACUGAAAGGAAAAAGAACAAUAGAAAGGAGAGAAUGUAAUGUACUGUGAGAAUCAAGAGGAGACGGGAAGAAAGAAAUAAAACGAGUGAAUCGGGAUUUCUGUGAGUGUGUUAGAAGAUCGUUCAGCUUUGGAGGCAAUUCCUAACAUUGAAAAGCCUUGUUUAAGGAAAGAUAAUAAAGGAUGUAUGUAUGUAAAGCAGAGUACCCUAAACUCAGAUUUCCUGAUUCAUCAUAAAAGAAGGCACGGUUUUUUGCCAUGGUUUUUUUUGUAUUUUAACCCCGGUUUAAUUUAAAGUUUUGCCGUGAUUUACUUAGCAAAUGUUAUUCCUAAACUGUCAUCAAUUGGACAUGGAGUUCUGUUUUUCUAUUCAUCGGAAAUAAUCGAGGAGAAUCUUUCCCUAAUAAUGGAUUUGCGAAUUGCAUUCAAAUUUUAAUAGGAUCCAGUCUUUUGCUACGUCAGUAAAAAGAAGCUGUUCAUAUUUUGUAAUUAACGAAGGCCAUCAAGGGCAUGAAAACCUUUACAUUCUGUCUUUAAAACCUCACAUUCCUCUACGAAGGGCUUCCUUCUGUUUGAAAUGUCAUGUUUAACAUCACCGGUUAUUGCAAUAAUGAUUAUGACUAGUAGCUGAGUGUUGUUUUUUUUUUGUCAGGCUGAUUCAUUAUCUGAAUCUGAGGAUGAGGAUGAGGAAGAGUGGGUGAGUUAUCGGCUUUAAAACACAAUGUGUAGCCAAGUGUUUUUCACGAGUUUUUAAUAGUUGAUGGGUUGAGUUUGUUAUUAUUUACUUGUUUUUUUGUUUUUUCCUUGUUCUCGGCCAUGUUUUAUCAGAUUUAAAAACUUGCCUUAAAUUUUAAUUUAAUUUGAAUUUUCUUAAUGAAGUAUUGUUGAUGUUUUUUAAGUUUUAUGGUAUGACUUUAAACGUUACUCUUCCUAAUAUCUAAGAUUUUUGAUACAGAUUCACUUUUUAAUCAACAAGACUUGCGUCAAUUAUUUGGUCCCUUUAUCUUGGAAUAGUGACACUGUUAGAAGAUUAGAUUUACUAUGGCAUUUUCAAUUUUUAUUGACUUGAAUCAGGGACUAAAACUCUCGUUGUGUGCAUGAAGACUGAAAUAACGAUCCUAAAAGAUAAGAAAUGGAUGGUGUAUAGUGUUAAGUGUGUGAUUUGUGGCAGGAUGAGGAAGAAAUCAUACAGUCUGAAGAAGAAACAGCUGAAGAAAUGUCAUCAUAUGAAUCAGAAGACAACCAGGACCAGGUAAGUUAUAAGACUUCUACCCUUAAAAUUAACGCCAAAAUAAACGACGUGUCGACCGUUUCAAGGCAUUCUCGAGUUCGACUUCAUUAGUAAAAUGAAUAUUUGUAUAAUCAUACUAUCGUGGACGGUCGAUUGAAGCGUUUUGUGUACCUCACGUUCAAUAUUCAGAGCAUUACUCCUCACCAGAUAUCCACACCCAUCAUCACAGUGCCCCAUCCACCAUCUUAACAUGACAUGAGAUGAAAAUGUCAACGUUCUCACUGCACUGAGUAGAGCCUUGUUACGCAUUUUAAGCAAGCAAAGAGCUUGAGGCUUAGAACCGACCAGUGAACAGAAUAUUGGUUCGGCUACUUAGGUUCUGUCUUUGUAGAAGAGUUUCUUUUGCUCAAUCAUCUUAUUGGCUUAUCAACUCCUAUCCUGCACCAGGCGUUCAGAUAGUGGAAAGUGCCACUCUCCACUAUCUGAAAGCCUGAAACAAGCUCAUCAGCUCUUUUUUUCUUUUACCACUCGCACAGAUUCUGGCAGAGACUUGCCUCAGUAUUCACGACUCACCAUUCCCCGCUGACGCUCAAGACACCGUGGGAACAUUUCCAGCGCCUCCAGAUCCUACUGGUAAGGUUUAUUGUCCCCUGUCCCCCCAAGUUAUCUGCCGUCCCAGUUACCGAUGUAACAAAACCUGUUGGCAUUAAAGCCCUGAUCACUAAUAAGAAGUUGUACAAAAGUUCGUUUCGGUCAGACGUCAGUUCUAUCUUGUGAGAUUUCCUGCAUUUGUAAUAAUUGCGGUGUAGACUAGUCUGCUACACAGCCGUUUUUAGUGUCGUCACGCAAAGCUCCGAAAUUUAGGUGAAAGAAAUCGGACUUUCACGAUUAUGUUUGUUCAUUAGUCUGUUUAUAAGUACUUUUUAAGUUAAUAAUGAUAAUGAUAAUAAUAAUAAUAAUAAUAAUAAUAAUAAUAAUAAAAGGUAAAUACUAUCAAACCAGGUUUUCCAUUCCGGACAGCCGGACAAUACGAACACUUCAGCAUCUCCAUUUGCUGACCGCAUUAACGCUGUUCCUUUGUAUAAUGUCUGUUUCCCAACCAAUUCUUAGAAACUGAGUCAUACAAAAUUGAUUUUAUAGUUAUAGAAGAAUCCCCUGGAAGUAAACAGAAAGCAAGAAAAAAGCGGAGAGUGCGGGAGAUGACUGAAGGUAUUCUAAAUCCAUAUUGUAAUCCAUAUGAAAUCCAUAUUAUAGUUUAUAACAGAAAGGAGGGACCUUAUUUUGUCCUUUAUACUGUACUAAGUACAUUUUGUUGUGACACCUUUUGAUUACAAAGACGAAAACUCAUUUCGUUUUUCCCUACGUGUCCAUGCUAGGUUUAAAUUAUGCAAUGUUGUUUAUUAUAGUGUUUGGAUACGCCGAUGGAUCACUCGCCACUAUUUGGAAAUACUUUGGAAUGAACUUACCCCUCGCUGCUUUUUUUAUAACUAGAA